UUCCUAAAUGGUUUUAAAAACACCUAGGGCUCUAGUUUCUUAACUAAAAGCAGUUGGUGGCGCCAAUAAAGAGGUAUCUUCCAUAUGAGCCAAAUAAUUUAUCUUUACUAAAUUAUUUUUACAAUAAGUAUUCCCUCAUUGUUGUUUAAUAAAAGUAUAUUAUAAUAAUGUAGUAAAAGUACAUUAUAUUUUGUAGCAGGAUUGCUACGUCGUAGUAUGUAUGUAUGUGUAGGUUAUUGUAUUCCUUCUAGAUCAGUCGUGUAAGUUCUAAGAAGAAGUUGUUGUUGUUGUACGAUGCCGCUCACUGUUCUCUAACUCUCUCUCUCUCAAUCUCAUCGCUCUCACACUCUCUCAGUGAAUCGGGGGUUGGUGCGGAUCGUGAGCUGAGAGCGAGAGCAGUUGAACGCCGACCGUGAUCCUGAACAGACAAAAUUAAAUUAAAUAAAAGAAAAGACUAGAAGUCAUAUUUGUGUUGGUGUUUAAACUUCAGGGGAAUACGUUAUACCCCUACAAAAUCAGAAGUGGGCCGAUCACGAGCCAAUUAAUUACAAACAAAAAGAAAAUAAAAUGUAAUUAAUUAACGCUUCGAUCGAACAAUUAAAAAGGUGGUUGAGUGUGUUGAAGCUAUCAGCAACUGGAACGAAAAAGGAAUUGAUCUUACGGUUAAAUAAAGUACCAAAGGAAGUUCGUGGAAAAGUUGAUGAAAUGGCGAAACAAAAAGGAGAUGAAGACGGCGAUAAAAGUAAGGGCAAUGAAAGCAGCGACGAAAUUUUCGAAGACGGCGGCGGAAUUUUCCAGAAAGAGGGCGGCGGCAGAAGUAAUGGCAAAGACGGAGACAAAAGUAAAGGCGAAGACCGCGGCAUUCAGAGCUACGUCGAAGAAGACGGCGAAAAAAGUAAAGGCGAAGACGGCGGCAUUGGGAAUUACAGCGAAGAAGACGGCGAAACUAACGGCGAAGAUGGUGAAGCGAGUGAGGAAGUGGCUGGCAGCAUUCUCAGAAUUAGGGGCAAACGGAGCAACGAAAAAGGCGGCGAACAAAAGGAACGACAAUUACGCAGAAGGCGACAUGCACAACCAGGCUGGAGACCAGUCUAG